AUGACGAUGUUUGCGGCACAUUUUGAGGUCACGUGGAUACAUUUGGGUUCCAUCAUAUCUUGCUGAGUAACGUUAGCUAGUCUUUUCGGGCUGUCCGACUUUUACUUUACCUCCUGCAAAAUGUCCAAACUACAGUUGUUGAAUGUGUUUCUUACCAAGCGACUAACCGCGGCUGCUGUGGAGAUAUAUGUGGAAGUGGAAAAAACCAUAACAGAAUACGAGAACGAAAUUUCCAGUUCGAAGGAGGAGAUCAAGCGUUUACGGCGGCUACUGGAUUUGGUUUUCAAUCCUGAGAUAAAAUUACAUCGAGCAGACCACCAGCAGCUUUCUCUCCUGGUCUCUGAAGAGGGUCCCCCUAAGCAGCAAUGUGGGCAGGAGCGGAGCCCCAGUCUGGGGCAAGAGGACCCAGAGACCAAACAGAUUAAAGAGGAACAUGAGGAUGUCUGGACAGGUCAGAGGGGAGAGCAGCUUAAAGAGCUGAAGUCUGAUACCAAAGAGUUCAUAUUUACUCCUACCACUGUGGAAAAUCAGGAACCAUCUCAGCCCUCACAUUUUUUCCAAAUCCAAAUUGUGGAUUCACCCACCAACAUAACUGAAGUGAUGAAAACAGAACCUGAUGUAGACUGCUACAGUGUAAAAGAUAAAACACUUACUUGUCAUAUUUGUGGCAAAUGUUUCAAAUGUAACUGGGAUUAUAAAAGGCAUAUAAAGACCCAUACAUGGGAGAAACCUUUUCGCUGUAAUGACUGCGACAAAUUCUAUCGUCAGAUCGGACAUCUAAAGCGGCAUAUGAGGAAGGUGCAUAUGGUUUCUCCCAACCGGGAGAAACCAUACAGGUGUCAUGUUUGUGGCAAAUGGUUCAAUUGGGAAUCUUCUUUGAAAAGGCAUAUGAGGACCCAUACAGGAGAGAAACCUUAUUUCUGCACUGUAUGUGGGAAAUGCUACGGUCAUAUUGGACAUCUGCGAGUGCAUAUGAGGAAUCACACAGGGGAAAGACCAUAUAGAUGUUCUUUGUGCAAAAAAGGCUUUACCACAUCAUUCCAGUUAAAACAACAUAAAAACAAAACCAGAUCGUGUGGUUUUGCUCAUAAUGGUCUGAUUUGAAUCUAGGCCUAAGCCAUAAUGUUUGCACUGUGGCUAUGAAUGUGGGAUAUAGUUUGAACUGAAUUAAUGGAUUUAUUGUGGGACUAAUGUGUAUGGCCUAAAAUACUUUGGGACAAACACACACACACACACACACACAGGUUAUUUUACUGCCUCUAUGAAGUUGUCUCGGAGUUGCUCUAACCGUUAUUGCAUGAGAUAAUGUUAUUUGGGUUACCCCCUGUGCUGUGUUCACAUUGGUGUGUCUUAUCCAUCCUCUCUACUGGCUAUCUGGCAAACAUGCUACACUCUAGGCAGUCUCUUCUGCUGAUGUGUGUGUCUGCUAGUGGUACUCUCUCUCCUACUCUUUUCAUAUUGGCAGUGUAAAUACCUACCUGCCGCCCCAACAACAUUUUAUUUGUUUGGUAUUGACUGGACCUUAUGUCUAAUGGUUCUUCUUGGCAAUUUUUGUUCACAUCUGUACUCAGAAUGUAUAUUUGGAUGAAUUUCCUUUAUUACAAUUCAAAUGUUUGAUAUGUUGAAUUGAGCAAAUAUGCACAUAAUAAAUAACAC